UUAUCAGAUGUGAGAAUAGACUUGUCAGUUUACAACGCACAUUGAACGUGUAAAACUUUCGCUUUGCUUUAAGUGUGUAGCGAAGUUUAUAUUGAAAUCUAAAGUUCAGUUUGGAGCUGGUUCAGUGAGUUUGAAUGUGGUUAUCAGUUUAUUUGGGAUUGAGUGCGACAGUAUAUACCACAGUUUAUAUUGGUGAAUUAACAGUACUGAUAUCAGCAAAGUAACAUGGCUUCCAAAUAUUCAUUACACAAAGGAUCAGACUCAGUUGUGGAUUUUUGUUGUUCACCAUGCAGUGAAGAAGUAAAGGACACUGAAGCUACAUUUUACUGUGAAAAGUGUGUUAAGUUUUUCUGUGACCAGUGUUGCAAACCUCAUACACAACUGUACAAGACACACACCACAUUUGGGAGGAGGGACAUGAAACAAUGGCCUGUUUCAAAGACAACUGAGGACUUUAUAGAGAAAUGUGAAGAACAUGUUGGUGAAAAAGUGAAACUAUACUGUGAUGACCAUAAUCAGCUGUGCUGCAGUACUUGCGUUCUGCUCAAUCAUAGAACAUGCAAAAGGGUCUCAACGAUACCUGAUUUUGUCAAAUAUCAGAGUACAGAAGAUGUUCACCAGCAUUUAUUGAGCAUCAACAUUUGUUUAGGAAAAAUUGAAAAAGUACUAAAAAGCAAGAAAACAAAUGCCCAGUCAUUUGAAGAUUCCUGUAAUGACCGUCUAAAAGAAAUAAGAGAUUUCAGGCAAACUCUAAAUGCUACUUUAGAUGAGCUUGAAAAGAAGACCAUCAAAGAGCUGGUGGAUAUAAGGAAUGGUCUGCAAGCGUCAUUGAAAGCUGAUGUUGAUUACUGUACCAAGCUUAAGAACGACUUGAAACAACUCACUGAAGCCGCACAUGACCUCGGUGAUAAAAACAAAAAAGAGCUUGAAUUUAUUUUUGGUAAAAAAUGUCUGGACAGCAUUCAGAAAUCUGAAGGAUUUGUAAAGGCUAGCGCUGUUAGUGUCGAAACUUUAAUAACAUUCCAACCUGACAAUGGCAUUGAUGAUUACCUUUCUAAGCAUUCAGGUCUAGGAUUGAUAAACUACAGAUCUUCAGAUCAAGUAAUAACCAUCAAAAUGAAGACAGAAUUCUGUUUGGCCACAAUUCCUGCCAGCAAUUGCUGUAGCAUAAUAGACAUUUGUCAACUUUCAAAUGGUCAGAUUUUUCUUGCUGAUAAUAGGAACAAAAGAGUGCUGAUGUUAGACAAGCAAUUCCAAGUUAUUAGCCAAUGUGGAAUGUCUACAUAUGUACAGGCAUUGUGUCAAACUGGCACAGAUAUGUUGGCAGUUGCCUUGAAUGAAGACAUUAAGGGUGAUAAGCAUGACGUCCAGUACAUAUUUGUCAAAAAUGAUCAACUGGUGAACGGUAAAAAUCUUCCGAUGUCACAUAACUGCAUUGGUAUAGCCCACCACCAAGGACGUUUGUACAUCACUUCGGGUACUGCAUUAUACCACUACACUCUUGCAGGGUCUCUGGUGGAAAAGUUGUAUGAAGAUACAUCUGGCUUAAGAUCAGUGUUUAAGUGUGCUGUCAGCCCUAGAUGCGAUAGGAUAUAUGUGGUAAAUCAAGAAAAAUACCAGCUCCUUACAUUGGCUACAAAUGGGACAGUUCUCGGAAUCUUUAGUGACAAUCAACUAAUAAACCCUCUGCAUGUACAUGUAACAAAUUUUGGCCAGGUGCUGGUUACCGCCCAUGAUUCCAAUUGUAUCAUCCAGAUGGAUAGGGAAGGAAAGAAGAAACUGGCAACACUAGCACCACACACAGAUGCAGUGAACAAUCCAUUUUCAGUCUGGUACAGCAGUUACACGGAUACAUUGAUUGUUGGGAUCGUUGACAGUAAUUAUUUGUUAGUGUUCAACGUUUAAUUGUAUAAUUUAUGACGUUAGACACAAAACCACAUAUUAAUGCUAUUAUCAUACCAACAUUAAGAACACUUACAUGUGAUAAGUUUUAGAGUAUGAACAACUAUUGAUUUAGCAAACACGCAUCUUAUAGUGAUUCCAUUAUCUUUAUUUUAUUAACGUCAUUUGAUAUUUUAGUGAAAUGUUCAGCCAUUUUCUUCUCUUUUUUUGUUUCUAAAAUGAAGACGGAAAAAAUGUCAAAAGAAUUGGAUAAAUAGAAUACUAGGUACCGGUAUUGGUUGAAAACAUUAAAAUCAACACACUUUGCCCAUUGUCAAUUUAAGGGACAUUUUCAUUUUGUAACUGUCCCGUGCCUAUAUAUUUUAAUUGAUACUUAAUGUGCUAAGUUUUGAAGCUGUUUUGGACAGACAAAGAUGGCUGUUACCCGAACACAGCACUUUUUACCGAAUUAAAAAGUCAUUUUUAGUUGAUAUUUGACGACAUAUACCUCUAAAAUGUAAUAUUUCUAAUGUCCCAGGCAUGGGUGAUAAAGUUAAAGGAACACACAAUUAUUAACAGGUGAUUUAGAGAGGGUUUUUAUUUGUGAAUUGAAGGAAACCUAACUGGAAACAUUAAAAUAUGCAAUUGUCACUGAAAGCAUGCUCAUAAUGUUCACAUAACGUAUUUAAUGAGUGUCCCGUAAACUGCGGUAAGAUACGUUAACAAAUUUUGGUAACACAUAUUUGGUAUGAAAUAAUGUAAAUAUAGUGUGAAUUAAUUGUAUAUGACAUUGGCAGUGGUCAUAAUAUAUGUUUAUAAUAGUAAUAAGACACAUUGUUUUAGAAAAUUAAAAAACCACAGCUGGACGAAAUUCGAUUUUUUAAUUGUUGCGUACAUUUUGUGUAAGAAACGUUAACACUCUAUCGACUGAAUAAUCCAAAUGAACACAACUUUGAUAUUUCAGGUUAAGAUUCCUUAAUAACCUGCUCUAUAAUGACAAGAUAAAGUACAUUUAUUGUAAUUUGAACCACAAACAUAAUGUUUGUGGUAAUAAAAACUAAACAUUUUGGUAAGAUACGUUAUGGUAAGAUACAUUAAUAUGCUUUUAUGUAAUCAGUUUUCUAUUUGUCAAAAUCCUAUAUUUAGAUUCUUUUAACAACACACGUGCACAACUAACAUUAGAUAUACUCGACAGAACCAUGUUCUUGGGUAAUUACCAUAGUUUUGUAGGCAGGUUGAUUAUAACUUGAUAUAAAGUUUGGUUUUGGACCCGUUAUGGCUGGGAUAAGUUACCGUUUUAGAAUAAUUCGUUUGUGUUUAACAUGAUAUUAUGCUUUAAACUUAAUAUUUAAAGGUCUUGUUAAUGAAUAGAUGUGCUGUUUAGUGCACAAAACGUAACAAACAGGCUUAACGUAUCUUACAUAAAGUAUAUUACACGCUCUAUGUUAUGUUAAGGGCACAAUGUUUAUAAGAUGAAUUUUAUUCUGUCAGUAAAUUCGUGCUUGGUUGAUAUUACAAGGGUCAAAAUUACAUUAUAAUAGAAGUAUGUAUAAAGUU